AUGAGAGACCCGCCAGCACCAGACCAUGCGCCGACUAAGAAGCCGCCUGAGGGGCAGCUGUCGAUGAAGGAGAUAUGGGAUGCUGCAGCGAAAGAAUUCGAGGUAUUAUGUGGAGAGUCACUGCAGAGAGGUCAAAUUAAGAGUUUCGAAGAUGUUGAAAAGAAAAUCAACAGCGCCAACCAAGUCUCAAAUGGCGCCGACGAAGAACAUAAUGUAAAGUGGGAAAAGGCGAAGAGCGUGGGCCUCCAGUCGCUCAAAUAUCUCAAGAUGCUUGUCGGAGCUGCUUCCCAGGCUUCCUCAUUUAUACCAAUCCCUGAGGCAGCGGCCAACAUCUCCGGCUCUGCACUCUGCUUCGUCUUUGACAUACCCGAAACCAUCAAGGGCUACAACGAUGCCAUCAACCAAGUCUUUGGCGAAGUGUCCUCAGCCCUAUCUCAGUUUCACAUCUACCAGACGAUAGGCAAUGCCGACCCUUUGCUCACUCAGCAGAUCCAUCUGGUCUUGGUUAGUUUCGUCAAGGUCUGCGCUUAUGUCGUCAAGUACCGCCAAGGCCGCAAGAGGGAUCGCUUUCUGAAGCAGUUCAAGUCUGUUUUUGAUGAUGACUCAGGUUUGGCCGAUCAGAUGGCAGAGUUUCGGAGUGCCUUGCAGCAGCAACGCGAUGUUGAAGGGACAGUCACGCUGGCUGUGGUUGUCGAGACGAAACAAGACAUCGCGCUCCUACUCGAACAAUCCAUCGUUUUUGGCAAGAUUGCCCAAGAGACACACCAAGUGGUGCAGGAGACCCAGAAAGGAGUGCAAGCCCUCAAAGACGACGUUGACCGUAUGAGGACUCUCAUUAAGAUUCGCGACACUCUGGGUGUGCCGUCAACCGUCCGCCUCGACACAAACACCACCCAGACUUGUAACGACAUUGCCGACAGGUGUCUCAGUGGCAUGGGAUCUUGGAUCUGGACACACGAGGCAUAUACCGCUUGGACAGCCACCAAAGAUAAAGACAAGGAUGCGCAGCGUUUGCUAAUCGUGUCUGGCCCUCCAUCUUCAGGCAAGACAUGUGCCACUGCCCUCAUCACCAAGCGCCUGGAAGAGCAAAAAGGGCGCACAUACGUUGCUCAUUACUUCUUUCCUUCUAGCACCAAGAAAGCCGACAGCGAAAAGAAUUCGAUUCAGUCGGCUCUAAAGUAUAUGGCCUUCCAAAUUGCCCGUGUUGAUGUGGCAGUUCAAAAAGUGCUGGGGAGGGCGUGCGAGGAAGAACCCUCUGCAUUCCGCCGCUCGGGGAGCCUCGACACCUUGGACAACCUCUGGGAGAAGCUGAAGAUUGGAUCAUCGGGAUCGAAUGCCGUCUACUAUCUCGUGUUCGAUGGGAUUGAAAAUCUACCCGAUCAGCAGGUCAAGAUGCUAUUAGACUUUGUCUUCAGCCCCCGGAUGGCAAAGGAAUCUACCGAGCGCGUGCAGAUUCUGUUGAGCGGGACGAAUGAUCAGUUCGCAAACUUCCAGGAAAGUAGCAGCUCUCUAAAGAUCCAGAUGGAGAAGCAUAAUCCACCAGACAUGCGCAUAGUAAUCGAGGAGGCGCUCAAUCAACGAGGAAUGUUACAGAACACGAAGCCCGAUUCGGACCAGCAAAGAGCAAGAGACAAGAUCCUCGACAAGCUGCCGCAGAAUGUUGAGGGAAGCUAUUCGAGACUUCAGUUCGGGCUGGACGAUGUGAUGCGCCUUUUGAGCACGCGCACUGCAAUGCGCGAAUUGGACCGGAUGCUGGACCAGUCAAUGAGUAGCCACGAAGCGGCCAUUAAGAAUCUGCAGAGGACUUUGACAGCAGAUGAGAUUAGUGAGCUGAAUGAAUUACUGAAAUGGGUUCUGUUUAGCAAUGAUACCGUGACUCUGGAGAGACUUGAAGCCGCCAUGUUUUUAUACUCGGGGACAGAAUCGCUUGCUUCUCUUGAGUACAUCAUCAAAAAUAAAUACUCAGCUGUUCUGAAGCUUGAUGAUGGAUGUGUUUUCGGUCAGGAUGGCGUCAAGGAUUAUUUGCGCAAAGACACAGACUCAUCUGGGAGGACAUCAAACACCAAAGAUCGCGCCACUAUCAGCAUGACGAUUACCAUCAACAAUGUGGACCAGGAACUUUGCGGACACUUCCUCUGGGACCUUGCGCAUAAAGCAAUUCGGGACAAGUUCAACUUUAACCUUGAUGGCGACGCCUCCAAUGCCUUGCACGGUGGCAGGGGUACCAUCGCGGUGGACGAGUUUGAGGCGCACCACACCAUCGUAACACGAGCAUUUGAAUACUUGAGUAAGCCGCCUAGGGAACAGACUGAGAAUAUUGGGCCGUACCUUGUCACUUGGCUGCCGUUUCACUUGUCCCGCCUCCGCCAGCUCGAAGACGAUGACCAAGGAUCGCUUAUGCCGAGUGAGCAGUCCGAAAUUGGACAGAACCUGUAUAAGCUAUUCAAAAGCGGCGAGAUUUUCUUGCGUCACAAGAAGAGUUUCCAGGAGGCAUGGUGGAUAGUGAGCGAAAUAGAGGAUUUGCAGAAGUGGUUAAUGGAUUCGGCCAUCAUGCGAAGGCUGGAUAAGAGAUGGCGUGAUGAGGUGCAGCUAGCAUCAAGCCCAACAAGGGGCUAUUUGAAGGAGCUUGUGAGAGUAAUUAUCGAGGGAUUCCUCAGGGAAAGGAGCUGGGAAAUCACUUCUGCUAGCCAGUGGCUUCUUCGGUUCAUGAAAGCAGAUGAGAGAAAACUUGAGGUACAUGCUGAGACCCCCGAUGACAGUGCUGAUGAUACCUUCCCCGAGAUAGACUGGGACCAUGUGAGCACCUGGUGUCAAGGUAUUCUAAGGUUGCCUGAUUCGGAGCUCAAUUCGCUCUGGUACGAGCGCCUUGCCACAGCCGCAGCUGAUUUUAUGGUCAAUCCCAAUGCUGCCAUAUCUCUUUAUCAGCGCGCCAUAGAGGAGAAGAACCCCAGCUGGCUGUGCCACCAAGGAUUGGGGGCGGCGUUUUCUAAGCAAAAGCGAACUUCAGAGGCCAUGGCUCAGGUGGAGAUGGCGUUGAAGAAAGCUCAACAAGAAGAUGCCACCCCUAAACCAGAAGCAAAAGAUAUCGUUGGGUUAUACUUACUGUUGGGCCAGUACGCUUAUGAGGCAGGCGAUGUUCGUAAUGCGGACAAGUACUACUCAUUAGCAUGUGAAGGAGGCGAUGAGCCUCAAGUAAGAGAUGGGCAGUUGGGUCGUUUAAAAUCAAGACUGAGCCUCUCCAACACAGAGGCAAUACAGUCGCUCAAGGGCACAUUAGCUCAAGAGAACGGGAAAGAGGAGAUGACGGCCGCCAUGGAGAUGCUUGCGCUAGACACCCACCACGAUGAUCUCAUUGCAAGGAUGUUUGUCGUGGUAAAGCAAGAUCCCGAUCUUCUAAAGGAAGUCUUGGACGCCAUGGAGAGAGCAAUAUGGAACUUGACGCCAGGUAACAUCUCCAAAGUGUUGACAGGGGAUGAGCGUUUUGCCGAGGACGAGGCUCGCAGCGUUCUCCUGUGUGAUCGAGGCUUCGCCGCAUACCUGUUCAAAGUCUCGUCUGAUGGCCUCAAGUCCGUUAACGAAGCCUUGCGUCUGUGGGAAGAGAGCCGUGAUCUGCUCGCCAACGUCGGCGGCACAAAUGCUCUAUUUACACGGCAGCGUGCCACGACGGCAUUGGCAGCCCAUUACUUCCAGAAUAUCGCAGAAGGGCUGCAGCUGAAUUAUUAUGAUGCUCUAGCCAAACUGACCAAUCUGGCUAAUUCAGAUUCCGACUACAAUUUCUAUCGAAGCGAUGCUAUCGGCUUCCUGGGAGCCGCGCAUGUGCUUUGCGGCAAAAAAGAGUCGGCCAAAGAGGUACUAAUGCCACGUAUCAAACAAGGUCUGCAGAUCCUAUCCGAUGACAUACUUGAGAACGACACGGUCGGGCUUUCUACCCUCCAGAGGGCGCUGGAACAAUACCAGGAUUUCAAGAACGCAGUUGUCGCUCUGUCACAGCUGGGACAGCCAGAUCUUGUAACAGACGCCUUGUACUUUGAGGUCAGCGACAUCACGGAGAUUGACGAUGAGAGAAAGUUACAAGCAUUGGGCGUGGUCUCUGAGCUGGCUAAAGAAGUACUUCGUGUCAUCAGCUCUCAGAUUCCAGAUAUCAAACUCCAAUCCCAGCGCAUUGAGGUGGCCAAGGCGUAUAUCGACACUCUUGUAGCUACCACUGAAGCCAAGACAGAGGUGAAUGGCAACAGUGUGGGCGAAACCCCAAGAGUUUCCGAUCUGACUGCCUACUCGCACCGCCUGCUUCAGUCUCGCAUCUUGCCUCUUUACGAAACACACACUCCCAGUGUUGAUAAAGAAGCUCUUGCAUGGUCCUGGAGUUGUGAUGGCCGCACUUUGGACGGUAGCGGAUGCGGCAAGUGGAACAGUUUCGAGGAAGACUUCUACCAGUGUAUCUACUGUUCGAACAAAGAUUUUUGCGGCGACUGUCUUAAGCGACUGCGCAACCCGGAGUCUGGUGUGGAUUUUAUGGAGUGUAGCACAAAGCACAGGUGGCUGCAAAUCCCACACCAGGGACACAGCAUGUAUGUGAGCACGAGAGCCAAGAACGUGCGUGUGCCGAUGGAUGUCAGGCCUAUAGACGGUGAUGACAGAAUAUUGAAGGCUUAUUAUGCCGAAGAUGGGAGCGGAGAAGAGAUAACAAUAGAGGAGUGGAAGGAGAGAGUUGCAACUGAGUGGGGUAUUUCUCUCAAGAGUCUGAGUGAGACGUCGAGUGAGGAUGGGAAGAGCUAG